CAAUCUUGAUAAAAGUAAAAGCUUCAAUUCGUAAAGCUUUUCCCCACACGUGUGGUGAACAAAAUAAUGUAAAUAGAAAACAGCUGAUUUCUAUUCAAAUUAUUCGUUAAAAUGGACUGUUCUGCAACUAAACCAAAAUACGACCGAGCUACGCACGAGCAGCUGGAGGCAUAUGUGUUAUUUUGCCAAGCACACCCAGAAAUGUGUACGGGGAAAAAAUUCCCACAAACGCCUCAACUGAUGAAGGAGUUAUGGCAACAGCUGGCAGAUCUACUUAAUUCGUGCAGAGGACCAAUACGAAGUGCUGCAAAAUGGAAAGAGACGUUAGGCGUUUGGAAAAGCCAACUGCGCACUCGUGCAAGACGGUUGAAAAUGAACCAAAGGCUCACAGGUGGAAGUCCCAGUUCCAAGCCGAUGACGGACUUUGAAGAAAUGGCUUUGUCUACAUUCGAUAUUUUGUAGAUGGGAUACAAAAUAUCAAAGCCUUGAUUUAACGCCAAUUGAGCAAACGGAUGAAUGCGCAAUUUCAUCACCCACGGGUAGU